AUGACAACAAAAGAAGAGAAAUUCUAUCAUAAAGAAUAUAAAAAAGAUAAUCUUGAACAAAUGAAAAGACCAGAGUUGAUAGAGAUAAUGAAAGAAUACUCAUUAAAACAUAAUGGUUUACAUAAAGAAAUGCUAAUCUUGUCGAUCAUUAAACAUCAGGAAAAUCUCGAUUAUUUAAAAUCAAGGUUAAUAACGAACAACUCAAUCGAAAAGUAUCAUCGUGGAACUGUUGAAUAUCGAUUACCAACAUUGAUCAUCUAUCGAAUCAUUCGUUCGCUCUGGCGUGAUGAUAUCACCUACAUUUUGAAUACAGAUGAUCUUAAAUCAAACUACCGAUGGCUGCUCUCUAUUGCUCUGGUUUCCAAAGAGAUAUUCAAACUGAUAUCUAAUUACACCAUUGCAAUUAAAUCUUAUCUUCAACAACGUAAGGAAGUUUAA